ACCACCAACCAUCGAGUGUUAAGAACAAUGGCCAAACUUGCACUUUUUGCCCUCACCUUCACGGCCCUCAUAGCGUUUUCGGCCGUUUCGGCCUAUAGAACCACCAUCACCACCAACACCGUGCAGGACAAUGAUAUCAUUGCGAUUUGGGACAGCCUGGACAACCCUCAAGAGCAAUGCCGCAGCCAGGUCUCGAUCAAGCAGCUGAACCAUUGCCAGAUGCACCUCACUCAGGGGAUCAUGAACCCCCGGAGACCGUUUCAGAAAGAGCAGCAACACCUACAACAGUGUUGUAGCCAGCUAAAGCAAGUGAAUCCUCAGUGCCAGUGCGAUGCAAUCCAGCAGGUGCUUACCCAAGCCCGGCAACAAAGUGGACUACAGACCGUUCCACAAAUUGAAAGUAAGGCUCAGAGGCUCACCAACGACUGUGGACUCGAAGUCCAGCACUGCCAACUUGCAGUCCCAAUGGUUGAGUUUUAAACAAGAUGGAUCUUGUUUUAUGUCCUAAGAAUAAUAUUGAUUGCCGUUACAAGCUUUUUCGCUUGUGAUCGAUGUGUUGCGGUCGAGUUCCAACUUGUAAUAAAACACACACCCGUGUGUGUGCGUAUAGUCGUAUGCUAAUGUAUUGAUCUCAUUAUGCU